AUGCGCUCCAUGAUAACAGAAUCUUCCAAGGUGCUGCAACGAAUUGCUAAGACUACGGAUAUGGCACAUUUAGCCGGAAUGGACGCAAUUACUCUAACAAAACUGAUUCUAGAUGCACAUACCAGAGCUGCGGAGCAUUCAGACGCAUGCGAAGAUCUUUUCAGACGUGUGAAAUUUGUUGGAAAUCUGCUUGUUGAGCUAAGAGUACGUGAUCUCAACGUUUCGGCAAUAAGAAAACCUUUGGUGGACUUAGAGGAGGCCCUCCGCAGGACAUAUCUCCUUGUAGCUAAAAACCAAGAACACAAUUAUGCCUUUAAAUUUGCUUUGGGGUGGAAAAUUAACAGAAAAUUUAAAAAAGCCCUCAAAGAAAUUGACACGAUUAUUAGUAUCAUAACACUGAUUUUUUUUGUAGACUAUAACCGACCACCUCAGAUCACCAACACGGACAAGGAGAUACCAUUACAAGAAGGUUAUUGUGGGGAUAAAGUUGAUGAUUUCGAAAGUCCAGUUGAUGAUGGAGAAUUGAAUUGUAAUGUGUCAGAAGAAGAUGUACGAGAAAGGAGCUAAAGCAGCUAUAUUCCUACUAAUUUAGAUGGGCACUGUGUUGGAGUUUUAGAUCGUACUAUCUCAAGGAUUAUAGAGGCUACCUAUAAAUUGUUAUCGGGUGAUUUCAUAUUAUAUUAGUGGGUACCUGUGAAAACUUACUGCAUAAAGGAG